CGUCAUUCAAGUCCUACGACUUGAGUUGACACUCACUUUCCUAGAAGACACGAUGUUGCAAUGUGCUCACCAAACCUGUCCACGAAGAAAGAAUUCGUGGUCUUUUUAAAUAAUUUAGUCGACUUCUGUUAUAUCACGAUGUAGAGAAUCAAACAUGUGGAACAUGUUUUUGAUCGUGGUCACUCUCCUGGCGUUACAUAGGACAGAUUCCAUUGACAUUGAUCCACCAGAAAGAGUUCGUUUCAAAUCCACCAACCUGCAGAAUGUUGUGGUGUGGAAUCCUGGCAUGGAGGGAACCCACUACUCAGUGGAGUAUGCAAUUUAUGGUGACGAAGACAAGACGGUAGAGGGCCAGGGUCUAUGGAGACCAGUGAGACACUGCACGUGGAUCCUCCUGAAUUCCUGUGACUUGUCCGACCAGACUCAUAAACUUGACGAGAUUUACUACGCCAGAGUGAGAGCAAUGAGAGACUCUGCAGUCAUCUCAAACUGGACAAUGACUCGGUUUGAACCUCGGUCAGACACAGCCUUAGGUCCACCUCACUUUACCUUGCACACCAGCGGAAAUUCCCUUGAUAUUUAUUUGAAGGGUCCAAUGAGAUGGAAAAACAAAUACAUGAAGAAAGAGCGCCCUAUGAAAAAUAUAAUUAAUGAGAUAUGGUACAACAUCUCUGUCUAUGACAACACAAGCAGACACACGAGACAUAUUAUUACAAAGAACCAGUCCUACCAACUUGGCUCACUGGAAUAUGAUACAAUAUACUGCGUGUCUGCUGGGACCUAUUCACAAAACAUUCAUGAAGAAUCCCACACAAGUGAAUGGCAGUGUGAAAAAACACCAACAGAUCCUUUCAAGAAGCAUAUGUUGAUGGUGAUUCUAGCUGGUCUUCUACCCUCAGCAGUAUCCUUGUUCAUCUUGAUAUUGGCCAGCUGUCUUGUGUACCAUUAUAUAUUUGGUAACAAGCAGAAACACCCACACUGCACGAGCAUAUCACCCAAGGAGCCAACUUUUGCCCCUCGAAUGGCAAUUAUCGAUGUCAUCAAUGUCAACAUCCACAAACCCAGCCUCCCGGGGGAUGAGUUUGAGAAACUGCCUGCUAUCCUUCCUGGUCAAUUGCCUGCUAUCCUUCCUGGCUAUGCAGUCCAGCGAGCAUCGCCACCAGUGUAUAACUCACAGUCAUGGCACUCUUCUGGAGGGGUAAGUGAAGAAAAUGUUCCUUUGAACGCUGAGGCGCAGGAGUUUGACGACGAGAUGCCUCCGGACUACGGAUUUGUCGUCCACUCGCCUCCAGAGGAAUCGACGGGACGAGGCUCUGACCCUCUCGUACCACCACAGCCCGCCGUGCUUCCUGUCACUGGACACAACAGUUACAUGGCACAGAGUGACGGCAGGCCGGGUCAGUCGACAGGUCAGAGCAGCACCGAUGAGGACGAGGACCAGGACGAGGGCGGUCCCACGGUGAUUGACUGGAAUCCCAGCACUGGGGUCCUGCAUAUCCCAGAGCUAAACCCUAUGCCAUUGCUGGGGGCCGGACGUGAGGUAGAGCUGGAAGAAGACAUGGCCGUGCCCAGAAGCAUCUUCUCCAGCCUGGUGAUGAGACAGGAGAGCUACGAGUCUGAGGAUGGCCUCUGUAAAAUGGAGACUGUUUGGCAACUUCAAAUCAACAUGGAAGAAUAACUCAUGUAGACCAUCUCAAUCUGUUUCUAGAGGGUUUCCGGUUGAAACGUUCAAAAUCAACACAGAUACUUUGAAAUGAAUAUGAAUCAGACUUUUAGCGUAAUGUUCUACAAAAUGUUGACUCUAAAACUUGUUUUGUUUGUUUGUUUGUUUGUUUGUUUGUUUGUCCCGAAGUUAGCAUAAGCUCAAUGUUGUUUUCUGUGUCACCGGAAAUGUCUUAGGAAAGCACCUGUUUGUUUAUGCAGUUGAAAGUUUUCAGUAUGAAAAGGUGAUGAUACAUGGGGCACCUUUUUGAGCAAUGUUACUGGGCAACCACAUAACCAGUUCCAUAUGUUCUGAUUGGAUGAUCAUGAAAAUGUGCCUGAUGAUUGAAGUUCUUUAGAGGGAAGAAAAUGCCCUGCAUGCCAUGCCCAUGAACAUUGCCCUGCAACAUUGCUCAUAAAGUUCACUUGUCUGUCAUCAGCUUAAGAGUAACUCAACUCUGCAUAAGCACACUGGCAGCUAGAGUUGCCAACCUCAAUGCACAAGAGUAAAUACAUGACAAUCAGUGUUCUUUACUGGAUGAUAAGAAAUGUAGACAGUCAAGUGAAGGCAUUGAGGUGGCGACCAUAUUAAACAAACAGUCUUUUCAGUUGUAACCUAUAUAAAAUGUGUCUAAUUGGAAGGUAUGAUGAUGUAAUAUCAAAUAUCCUAGUUACGUCAGUUACAACCCUCUUGUAAUAUCCUAAACACUAUUGAUAUUUUAUAAAAUGCAGUUUAAUUAAUUUUUGACAGUAGCUUAUCACAAAGAAUAGGCCUAAUAGUAAAAUGUAGCCUACUUAGGCCUACUCUACGUGCCAAAUAAGUGUUUCCUCUAAAAAAAUGAAGGAGUAGCCAAUCGAUUGAAGUCAGUUUCACCUUUUGAACUGCUGCAACCAUUAAUAUUGUCCUAAAUAUAAGCCAAUACUCUGAUUGUAAAUACAUGUGGCUAUAUAUAAUAUAUAAAUAUACAUAGGCCUAUAUUGUAAAUAAAUUCUAUGUUUACACUA